AUGAAUAUCCUACACUCUACACUAUCAACCUGGCGGGAUCGCCUCGCCCCGGUGUCGCGCACCUCGACUUUCCGCAAUACCGGACAAAUUACUCCCGAGGAGUUCGUGCUCGCCGGAGACUACCUCGUCUACAAGUUCCCCACAUGGUCUUGGGCUGAUGCCUCAAGCCCAGCUAAGCGUGUGUCUUACCUGCCAGCCGGAAAGCAGUUCCUUGUCACCCGUGGUGUUCCCUGCCACAGGAGGCUGAACGACAACUUCGCCGGGGAUGCAGGACUAGAAGAUGAGAUUGUGAGGGAUUACCUCUCCGGCGGUGACGGGGGCGAAAGCGCAGCACACGAUGGAGAAGAUGGAUGGUUGCGGACGGGAGGGGGCAGAGAUACUGCUGCCGACAAAGAUAAACAAGAAGCCCGUAUCAGCGACGUGCGGACCGUUGAUGAAUCGGGAAAUUUGGGCGAGCAGGAGGAAGACGAUGAGAUUCCAGAUAUGGAGGAUGAUGAUGACGAUGAGGAAGCCAUCAUCCGUGAACCGGCUGGUCAGUCAGGUACUACACAGUAUGUUCAUGUCAUACCUCUUCGUACGUACACCCUUUACAUCACUUACUCGAACUUCUACCGCACACCUCGCCUCUACCUCUCUGGGUACCUUUCAGCAUCAGAGCCCCUUCCUCCGCAUUUAAUGAUGGAGGAUAUCGUCGGCGAUUACAAGGACAAGACUGUGACUCUUGAGGACUUCCCAUGGUUCGACGGCAGCGUCAAGAUGGCCAGUGUGCACCCCUGUCGCCACGCCUCUGUAAUGAAGACGCUCCUAGAUCGUGCCGAGGCUGCGCUCAAACUUCGUCGCGACAAACUCAAACAAACCCAGUCACCAGAGGAAGCAAAUCGUGUUCUGCGCGCAGGCGGUGGGCUCGAAGGAUUAGUGGAUGAGACUAAGAACCUUUCUCUCGACCAGCAGGGUCAACACGGAGACGAGUGGGAAAUGCUUCAGCAUGACGAGGAAGAACAGGUGGCUAUUCGGGUGGAUCAGUAUCUGGUCGUAUUCCUGAAGUUCAUUGCCAGUGUGACACCGGGUAUUGAGCACGACUUCACUAUGGGCGUUUGA